AUGGCUGACGCACGGAUGGUCCGACCUGUGGCGGAGUUUGACCUCAGCUCGGCCGUCGGUGUCGGCGGGCUGACGGCGGCCGCCGGUUUCGCAAUUCGCUCUGCCAGCUGCCAGCAGCCUCGUGUCGCCGCUCUCCUCCUGCAGCUCCUGCAGCUCCUGCUGUCAGUCUUCUGCUCUCACGCACUCGCCGCGCGCGGAUUAGGAAGCGGCAGCGUGGGAAGCAAAGCAGAUGGAGGCGGCGCGGCAUGCCAAGGACUGCUGCUGGCGGAGGUUGAGCGGCUAAGUGCAGCAAGGGCCAAGGGCAAGAAGGGCAAGAAGAAGAAGAAGAAUGUGGGCGUGGGCGAUACGGGCGCCGCUAGGCUCAACGAGGAGAUGCUGUCCUGCAGUUAG